CUACUACCAGAGUAGCGACCAUAAGCAGAAUCCCGCACCCCGUAUUAGCACUUUGAACAAACUGAUUUAUGAUACAGAAUGGAUGAGUUAGAUAUGCAGAGGGAGAUAAGAUCGACUGAAUUAACUAGUUAAUCUUCACCAACUUUUGCUUCUUGAUAACAACCCUAUUGGAUGAGUUAAUGUCUUUUGUUGUAGGCAAAGUCAAGGCUGCGUUAGCUGUGGUCAAACUGCAUUCGGUCAAAGUGGACCAUCCGCUGAAGAACUGGAAGCAAUUGAUGAAAGACUGCUAGAGCUUGAAGAAGCGAAAGCUUUAUUUCUGGCCGAUCAUCAAAGACUCAUUGAGAUGGAUAAAAUCUUGAAAGACAUGCUUGCAGAUUUUGAAAUAAUAAAAGCACUUGGUGCACAGCUAGCGGCUAUGCAGCUGGAUCUUUCCUUAAAAGCAGAUCGGAAAGAAAUGGAUGAAAAACUCGCUUUGAAAGGGGAUUUGGAGCUUGUCAAUACCAAAGUCGACCAGUUAGAGUUCGAAACUGCUAUUGAAGAGCUUGGAGAAGCAAUUGGCUUGCUAGGACUGAAAUUUCAAAAAAAGAACGAGGAAUGGGAAGAACGCGCAGCUGAAAUAUGGAAAGCUAUCGACGGUAAAAUGUCAAGAGAUAUUUUUGAAGCAGCUAUGGUAAAAGUCGAAGCUCGUCUUACAGCUCUUAUGUAUGGCUUAAAGGAACUCAAGAAAAUAGUUCACAAAUUACUUUAUCCAGAAUCAUCUGGUGUUACCAGAUGCAUAGCAUGCAGAAGACCAGCCUGUAUAUCUGGAAUGGAAUGUGUUGCAGGCGACAGAAGCCCGAAAAGACCGCUACCUCACUCUGGAGGGAGUUCAGAUGAGAUGGAAAACUUAAAGAAAAAGGUUGAGUUUGUGUCAGCGAAAAGGCCAAAACUGGAAGGUCCUCCCUUUCCUCGUAAAAUUCCAAGUAUUAUCAGCAUACCUUACAAUACUUCACAGCAUGUACAACAUCAAACUGGCCAUAAGAAUCCUGAUCUUCAUCUCGCACCUGUGGGUCCUGAUCUGGAAUCAAAAGGGGAGGAUCAAGACCCAAAACAAAAGACUUCUCAAAUUCCCAAGCUACCAAAGAUCCAUGAAAACCGAAUUUUAAAAUCUUCAUCUAGAUCACCAAGGAAUCGUCCUGUAUCAUCUAAUAAUAAACCAAGACAUAAUCACAGAAAAUUAAUAUUUACAAAUAAAGUGUUGCAUGAUGCUGAAAGAGAAAAGUCCGACCAAGAACCUAAGAAACCUAUUCUUGUAACCGUUGUGGGGUCUGAAGAUUCUCCACCUUCUAGAACGUCUUCAGCAGUGUCUCAAUCAAGUUACGAGGACAUGGUUAGUGAUACAACUCAAAGUAUUAUGUCAUUCAAUCCACUUAGGGUGAUGGAAGAUCCUUUGAG